GCAUUGAGUUCAGGCACGAAUCAGGGCACCCCUUCAGCACGCAAGGACACAAACAUGGCGGCCUCCUUGCGGCUGGGACGUCAAGGAAUUUUGAUCGGUUUGAGAUUAGUAAAAGCAAAAAAAUGUCCGUGGACAACACAUACAUUUCGGGAACAAGUCAGGACCUUGUUUCAGUCUCCGUCUUUCUUUGGUGUCGCCCCAAUUCAGUUGCAGAUGCCAGCCUUGUCGCCUACCAUGGAGGAGGGCAACAUCGUCAAAUGGCUGAAGAAGGAAGGUGAGACAGUGGCAGCAGGUGAUGCCUUGUGUGAGAUUGAGACAGACAAAGCUGUGGUCACCUUGGACUCUAAUGAUGACGGGGUUCUGGCGAAAAUUCUGAUUGAAGAGGGCAGUCGCAGUGUGCGUCUGGGAACGCUCAUCGGUCUGAUGGUGGAGGAAGGACAGGACUGGAAGCAGGUGGAGAUGCCACCCCCAGAGGCCGCCGCUCCCCCUCCACCCUCCGCCCCAGCCCCCGCCCCCGCCCCGCCUGCAGCCGCAGCUCCACCACCACCGCCACCUCCACCCCCUCGCCUUGCCACAACGGGACCCCUGAGAUUAAGUCCUGCAGCAAGAAACAUCUUAGACACACACGGCCUGGAUCCUCACCAGGCCACGCCCACUGGACCUCGAGGCAUCAUCACUAAAGAAGAUGCCCUGAAUCUGCUGAAGAAGGCGGGCACCACAGGCAGACCCGCGCCGGCCGUAUCUGCCCCACUCCCCACACCUGCCCCUGCUGUGGCCUCCGCCCCUGCACCCCCAACGCCCUCAGGACGGCUCUACCCCCCUAUCUCUAUACCCGGCAAACCAGGGGCUCCUGGCACGUUCUCAGAGUUGCCGGCGUCUAACAUGCGACGCGUGAUCGCCCAGCGGCUCACCGAGUCCAAGACCACCAUCCCUCAUGCCUACGCCACCGUGGACUGCAACAUGGGGGCUGUACUCAAGCUACGCAAGGAGCUGGCCAAAGAGGACAUCAAGGUGUCCGUCAACGACUUCAUCAUCAAAGCUGCCGCAGUCACACUCCGAGAGUUACCCGAGGUCAACGUAACCUGGGCAGGUGACGGCCCCAGAGCCCUGGACUCCAUUGACAUCUCCAUCGCCGUGGCGACGGACCGAGGCCUCAUCACCCCCAUCAUCAAAGAUGCGGCUGGCAAGGGCGUGCAGGAGAUCUCCACCAGUAUCAAGGGUCUGGCUCAGAAGGCCCGGGAUGGUAAACUACUGCCUGAGGAGUACCAGGGCGGUUCAUUCAGUAUCUCCAAUCUCGGCAUGUUUGGCAUCAGCGGCUUCAGCGCCGUCAUCAACCCUCCUCAGGCCUGCAUCCUGGCCGUGGGCAGCUCGCGCGGCGUGCUGCAGCUGACCCCCGACGCCGAGGACGGCUCGGGCCCCGGCGUGCACACGCAGCAGCUCAUGACCGUCACCCUGUCCAGCGACGGGCGGCUGGUGGACGACCAGCUGGCCUCGCGCUUCCUGGACAAGUUCCGCACCAACCUGGAGCAGCCGCAACGCAUGCACCUGCCAUAGAGAUAGAGGUAGAGGGAGAGGAUGGAUGGAGGGAGGGAGGGAGGAGGAGGAAGAAUAGUGUGGGAGGGGGGGUAAGGCAAGGGAGUGAAAGGUGAGAAAAGAAGGAGUAUUGAAGAGUAGAGCUUCGACACGGUGAUGAGGGAUGGGGGCAAAGGGAGGGAGUACAGGUUACCUGUCGGCGGCGCGUCUUGGUCAAACCAAAACCAGAUCCAUGGCCGUCACUAUCCAAAGCAGCUUCACUUUCAGUUUCAACUGUUAAGUUUACCGCCAUUUCAAAAUCAAACGUUUAAAAUCAACAGCCAGCAGGGUUCAAGUUUCAUCCGAGAAUCAACGUAUGCUGAAGUCCUCCUGUGUAACUUUGUAUAUUUUUCAACUCAUAUAUGUACUAUUGCACAAGUCUACACUUGCGAAUAAAGUAUCUCGUAUCUCGUAAUGUGUGUCCGUUCGGGCGCGUUCUGACAGUUGAUUUAGCGGCUGGACUCCUGCACCGCGUUGCUCAAUGCAUCUUGUCAGUAGGAUUGCGAAAAGAAAUCCACCUGUGUUGUAAUAUUUUCUUCCUUUUGUCAUGUUUAUAGUGUUCAUUUAACUUAUUUAAAACCAUGUUCAUCUAAUAAAAAUCUGGCUUAGACAAACAA